GCGAUUCGGUCCGCCCACUGAAGGGAGGUGGUUUGGACGCGCGAGGGCGGUGGCGGGAGUCGUUCCGAUUCCGAGCGGUGGGGCCGCGCUGAAGCAGGACCUGGUGCUGGAUUCCAGCUGAAAGUUCAGAAUGGGUGAAAAGCCGAUUUGGGAGCAGAUUGGAUCGAGUUUUGUGCAACAUUACUAUCAAUUGUUUGACACCGACAGGUGCCAGUUAGCUGCAAUAUAUAUUGACGCUUCAUGCCUUACCUGGGAAGGACAGCAGUAUCAUGGCAAAGCUGCGAUUGUUGAGAAAAUUUCCUCGCUCCCGUUUACGAAAAUCCAACAUAGCAUCACCUCUCAAGAUCAUCAACCUACGCCAGACAGCUGCAUAGUCAGUAUGGUUGUUGGUCAGCUAAAGGCAGACGAUGACCAAGUAAUAGGAUUUCACCAAGUAUUUCUACUAAAGAACAUUCAAGAUGCCUGGGUCUGUACAAAUGACAUGUUCCGGCUAGCACUGCAUAACUUUGGUUGAUUUCUUCCCAGCGAAGAGCCAAUAAACUGUUCCUCUGUUAUUCUUUAUUUUUGUGUUUGUAAGGCAGUUUCCUAUCCCCUGAACAUUACAAACCUCAUACACUGUUUAUAUAGUCCGAAGAAGCCAUUUACACUUAGGUGAGUUUUAAGCCUGCUGCUAUGGCGAGUGUUUUAGCAGUUUACAAUUCGACUAUCGACUGGUUAGCGUUUCAGAUGUGUAUGAUUUUUGGAAAUGUUUUGCAUUUAACACAAUGUACAAGCAUGCCUUUGGACAAAAUUAAAAGGAUUGCUUUUUUAUGUAAACAAUUACUCUAGUAAUCCAAAGAAAACGAGUAAUAAAAAAAAAGCAUUAUAAUAGGCUUUAGAGGUUCUGUUUUUCUCCAUAUAUAUGAGUGAAGGUUAUGCCGAUUUUAUUUCUAAAAUACACUUGGUAAACGUACGAUUUGUUCUCAA